AUGCGCGCAUUCACGCCGUACACGCACCGUACGGCAACAUACACGGGCCAGUCCUCGCUCAGCCCUGUGCCACAGCCCGCUCCACCGCCAUCAAACAACUCGCAGCAGCGCUCGACACCAUCGCUGCACAACACAGCACCGAGCAGAACACUGCAGAGCGCAGAGCAGGACGUGCGCUCUGGCGACUGCUGGUCGUAUUGUCACGGGUCAUACGAUGCUAGUGACAACCUGCGAGAAGUCGGAGGCCUUCCCCUCAUGCUUGCUCUCCCCUCGUCUCGGGUCCAAUGGGGCAGCGUCGUUGAUUUAUUCCAGGCUCCUCUGGAGAGCCUGAGCGAGAGGGCAUCAGAGAAGGUUGCAGGUGACAUUGACGUUACCGGGAGAGGGCUCUCUCCACGAGGGCGGUCACUGAGGCUGUGCAUACUGCAUAGCGUGACCUCAUUCGACACAAUCAGGACAGGCGACAGAUCUCCAGUAACAGGAGCCAAGGUGGGAGUGCCGCAUUUCGAUUCAGACCGUGGCGCCAGUUAG